ACUUAUUCUUCUGCUGCUGUAGCCUAUCCACUUAGAUGUUGGCCGAGUGGCCAGCUGCCAUCAUCAGACAGGGGAGAUCGCGAGCUCGCCGUCGCGCCUAGUGGCUUUAAACAACAAGAAGCUUGCAAUAAGUUGGCCGGGUGAUAAGGUUCAUUGGCUAAUCGAGGAGCUGCUGGAAUAAAGAGCGUCCAUCAAUUCAUUCCAUUGAUAAAAUGAAACGGAAUUUGACUGAAAACCUACCCAGACCCACUGCAGGCUGUCUGUCUGUGCCACUGUUUAAUCAAAAGAGAAGAAGCAGACUACCUUUGACAUCAAAUCCUUCUGAGAGUGAAUUCUGCAGGACUCCCAGUAACGAAUUUCCUUCAGUCGAGAGCUUUGCUUCUUCCUCAUUGUCAUCAGGGAAUUCUGGCUGCUCUGAUAGUAAUGGCCCAAGUUACACAAUGUCUGCGAGACAAAACAGUUCCUGGAACAAGCAAGGAGGCUUCAGCGACAGACCUGCAGCGAGCUCUACAGGGAGAGGCCUUGCACCAUUACCACACCCAAAUAAACCUGGAAACGUGGGGCCACAAAUGGGACAGCAGAGAUCAGCACCAUGGCAGGGCACCAGUGCACAGCCCAACGCCAAACCAUGUAGCUUCCCAAACAGCAGGGGAAAUGUGCAGUACAAGCCCAAACCUUCCCACCCGUAUCUGCAAACAGGCCAGCAGUCAGCCUACAGACAGCCAAGUCCUCCAGCAUCCUUCCAUCCACAGCCACCACAGAGACCAGUAGCUACACCCCCAAACCCACACACAGCAGCAGGCCAAUGGCAGGACUCCACCUGGAAGUUUAAGACCACUGCUCACAGCAGUCAGUUUAAAGAAGAUAGUCUGACUCUCCCCACCACCAAAACUUUCUCACAGUCUCAGAAAUCGGCCGCGUCGCAGAUCAAACCCGCGGUGGACAAUUCCCUGCGCAUUCUGACCACAGCCAUCGGUGGGGUGAAGCACUGGAGCCAGUACAAGGACAGAGCGGCUUUCCUAUUUGAGGUUUUCGCUACCCUCGACUCCGCAGUCACGGUUGGCAGUCACGGGGCGAAGAGCUUCCUCUUGAGAGACGGGAAGGAUGUUGUGCACUGCGUCUUCUACGAAACUGACCGGGAGCUUCCCAGGCUGAUCCGGGGCCAGGUGCACCGGUGCGUGGGCAACUACGAUAGGGGGCGGGACCUCCUCACCUGCGUGUCCGUCAGGCCCGCCUCCUCCUCAGAGCAGAGGAACGCCCAGGAGUCGGUGCGGGCGUCGGACGCGGAGAUGAGGCGGCUCGUCAAGACCUUCAGCGAGAUCUGACGGGCGAGGGUGCGGGGCCUGCGGCAGCUCGACAUUCAAUUGGCUGUUCCGAGAAAUGUUCCACUCCCAAACGCUGCAAACCGAGUUCUCGGUGAAACCAGAAUAUUUUCCUAAUAUGAGGUCAUUAGGAAUAAUUUGUAUGUUGUUCACAUUAAAUGUUAUUUAUAUAUGUGUUAUAUACUAUAUGGUGCAUUUCUGUUCUCCUUAUCAAUCGCAUUUGUCAGAGCUCUAAAUCCCAUUGUAGAUUCCAUAGCUGAUUAAUAUAAUUGAAUAUGAAGGUUAAUAUAUUCUGCAUAGAGCCAUUUGUGGAACUGAGGAAAAGAAACAUUCCUCAUUAUGAUCCACUGUUUUUGAAUAUACACCUGUUCAUAUCCUCAUAUCUGUGUGUCAGUCAGUAAAUAAAAUGUUUUCAUCA